AUGGCACUGCGCGUGCCCACCAUCGACGUGUCCGUUGUGGACCUCACGGUGGAGUCGGAGGGAGACAUGAAGGGCUACCUGGGCUACACGGACGAGGCCCUGGUCUCCACGGACUUCGAGACCUGCCCUAUCUCCUGCACUUUCGACUCGAAGGCUGGAAUCAUGCUGGACCCUACCUUCGUGAAGGUCGUGUGCUGGUAUGACAACGAGUGGGGCUACUCCUGCCGCGUGGUGGACCUUAUCAAGCACAUGGCCGCCGAGGACGCCAAGGCGUAA